UGAUUGGCCGUAGCAAGGAGGCGUGAUGUCGCCAGUGGUGGACGAGACGGCGGGAGACCUCCCAGUGAGAGACAUGGGGCUGAUGAGGGGGGGGCUGAUGGCAGCUCAAACAGACUCCAUGAGGGAAGUCAAGUCAUGGAAGAAGCAGCACAUCAUGAAGAUGAAAACAGACCCACAGCGGCUGUUUCGAUUUCCCAGGGAGCACCUGGAGGACUUGUGUCUGCGCCUGCAGGAGGAGAACAGCGUGCUCAAGCAGCACACGCGCACACAGGAGCAGAGACUGAGGAGGAUGUCCACCAGACUCACGCGUCUCCGUCAGGCCAGCCCUGGUUCUGGUGGUGGGAAAGACAGGGACAUGGAGGACACCAUACAGGAGCUGGAGGCCCGGGUGGUAAUGCUGGAGAGCCAGAAGGGAGUUCUGCAGAACAAACUGAGCCUGGCCAAGCAGCACAUCAUGGACAUGGGGGCUCACCGCCCCUACAAGUUCAGCAGAUGUAAAAAUCUAGACGGGGAGGGCGGAGUCCGGAGGGCGGCCCAGACUGCUCCACCUCGAUACGGCCUCACGCUGGAGGACACCAGGACAGAGGUGGAGAGACUUAGGACCAGCAUGGCGGAGCAGGUGAGGGCGGCGGAGCUGGAGAUGACCGCUCAGGCGCUCCGAGAUUCUCUGAGGGACCGUGAGAAGGAGAUGGAGGGAACCAUGAGGGAGCUGAGGAAGCAGCAGGCUGACAGGCACAGGAUCACCAUCAGGGAGAAUGUGGAUCUAAUCCGGCUACAAAAGCAGCUCUCAGAAAAGAGUGUGGCCCUCAGAGUCAUGGAGGAGAAGUUCACCUCCCUGCAGCAGGCAUUUGAGAAUCAGCUGGAGGAGAGUCAGAGAUCCAUGAAGGAAUGCCAGGUCUCUCUGCUGGAGAAAGUGGAGGAUUUGAACGGACAGCUGAAGCAGGAAAGGCAAAGAUCCCUGGAUCUGGAGGGUCAGCUGACAUCCACAUCUCUGUCUGUGCAGAACCAGGACAAGCUCCAGGAAAGGAUCACAGAUCUGGAAGGAGAAAGGGAUCUGAUAAAAGAAAACUAUGACUCUCUGAUAAAGAGUACUUUGUCUCCCCAAAUCAAGCACGAAGACCAGGUUGGACAGCAGAGGCAUGUGGAGCAGAAGAGGGAGAACGUUGGAGAAAACAUUGACAGAGAUGAGCUUCAAAGACUGGAGGAACUGUUACAGGCGGAGAGAGGAGAGAGAAGGAGGCUGGAGGAGGAGCUGAGGAAACUGAAAGAGAAGAAGGAGAUGUUGGAGGAGCAGAGGGAGGAAGAAGAAGAGAUGUCUGCGCUGAUGAGGAGGAGGCAGGAGGAUCUGGAGCGGGAGGUCGUUCAUUACAAAGAGCAAGUCUCUGUUCUGCAGGACAGACUGGACUCAGUCACUAAAGAGUUUGACAUGAGCGCUGAGGAUCUCAGUGAAACCCUUCUGCAGAUCAAGGCCUUCAGGAUGCAACAGGAGAGCAGGGUAGGCCUGAACUUCCUCACGCCUGAUGGGAAGCUGGAAGAUCCCGGCAGAGACUUUGCAAAUGUUCAGGCACAGCAUGCAGAGACUGUGCUUGAGCUUCAAAAAACCCGAAACCUGUUGCUGCUGGAGCACCAAAUCGCUAAAGACCUGCAGGAAGAGUUGAAAACCAUCAACCAGAGGCUGCAACAAGAACGUGAGGAGAGCCGGAGGAGGACGGAAGAGAAAGAAAAACUUCUAUCAAAAAGAGCUGCGCAGAUCAACACUUUACAAGCCCAGCUGAAAGAACUGGCUUACAGCCCCAGGAACUACAAAAGAACCAUACCCAUCCAGUACACCUGGCCAGCUGGGGAUCAGGAGGUGGUACAGCCCAUCGAGGAUGACUUGUAUUUCUCCCAGUUAAAGGCUGGAGAAUCACUCUUGGAGAUCCACCUUAAGGCGGCCGCUUUCACUCCAGCAGGUCUCCGUGUCAUGAGCAAAGCCCAUCCAGGAGCAGAGAAGAGCGAAGACAUCGUGACCUUCUGCACCUUUUGCCUGUUGGACUUUGAGAUGAACUCCACCCCGCUGGUGUCGGGGAGCCAACCCAACUAUGGCUUCACAACCCGCUACGGUCUGACGGCACGAGACCUGGGGAGACUGGAGGGUCAAGGGUCGAGGGUCCAAGUGGAGCUCCAUCAGGCGUUGGCAGGGGUCACGUUUGCCACUUUUGGAAGAGGAAACAUGUCACUCACUGGUGCCAUGGAAAGGAGAGGAGAAAAAAUCAGCGGGCGGUUCAGUGUCACAGGAGGUGGGGGUGAAAUGGUUGGUGUCGUGGAUUUCUGGGUGCGCCUCUUUCCUCCUGCAGAGCCCGUCGGCUUUGUGAAAGAGGGCGGAGCUGAGAGAAGACCAGGAACACAGAGGAGACCUGGACAGGUGUCGUUAGGAUGGCAGGACGACAGUCAGGAGGAGCUGCAUGACCAUGGCGGAGGGAUCCCAAAUGAACUGGUGGUGAUGCUGGAGCGCUGUGUGGGCCUCAGCGCUCGUUGGCCGGGUCUACUUCCUGACGCCUACCUGACGUACAGACUCUACGACCUGCCGCCUCACGUCUCCCAAACAGUCCAGUGCUCGGCUGAUCCGGUGCUCAAUGACGUCACCAGCUACCCUCUGGCAGUUACCAACGACGUGUUGCAGUACCUCAGAUCCAGCAGUCUUUGGGUUUAUGUGUUCGAUGACAGCGAUGACCAGAUCCCGCCAGCCUACCUGGCCAAAACCCCCGUCCCCCUGCGAGCCUUGGCUUCAGGCAGAGAGAUCAGAGGUGAUUAUGUUCUGAGGGAUCCAGCGGGCGGACCUCGAGGCGUGGUCAGAGUCAUGGUAAAGUGGAAGUACCCCUUUCAGCCUUUGAUGGAGAGCCUGGAGGACAAACCGGUGAAGCAAGUGGACGAGCAAAGGAGAGAAAGCACAGAGAAGAAGGAGAGACAAAGGGAGGACGCGUCCCAGAAACCCAUAGCUAAACCUAGAGUGAAACCUCAAAAACAGGAGCAUGAGACACCAACAGCUGUGCAAAAAGAGACUGAAGCCCGGCCCCGGCCACCGGCGGUCAGGCAGAAAAGCUCCCAGGAUGUCAGGGUCAGGGUAACGUCUGCAAAAAGCCUGGAUGCUCGUUCAUCAACAUCCAGAAAGAGAUCCAACAAGAUGUCACCAGAACGCUACCAGAGGAGUCCCCAUCUGACGCCAGAGCCCAGGCUGAGCUCCACCACCGACAGGCCUCCACCCAGAUCUUCUGUUGGAGCAUCUUCGAGACGAUCGGCGACGGCGUCAAGAGGAAGUUCAGUCAGCGAUGCCAGGACUCAGAAUCUGCUCUCCGUGGAUCAGGUGUCAGCAGCCGGAGAUGAAGAGGAGAGGAGUGAGAGCGGAGAAAGCGAAUCCUCAGAGUCCAGCUCGUCUGACAUGAUCGUCAUUCCACCAAAACGGAAACCAAGAGCGGGAAACAAACUAAGAGUUGAGAUUCUGUCCCUCACAUUUGAACCGUCCUCCCGUGUGGCAUUGGACGAGUCGGUGCAACGCGUUUACGUGGAGUAUCGGCUGCUGGGCGUUCCCAUGGAGACCACAGAAACACCCAUGUCCCUCCGGAAGCCCAGGGAGGGGGAGGAGAUUCAUUAUAAUUUCACACGGGUGAUUUAUGUGGACGGCUCUCAGUCAGCUCCACUUAGACAGUAUCUCUACACAAUGCUGGAGGCCACGGACCCCAACCAGGGAAGGCUAAAGUUCAGUGUGGUGAGUGAGCCCAUGGACGAUAGCGAGGAGUGUGUGGACGUCGGACACGCUUUCUUGGACUUACAGGAACUGUUGCUAACAGGAAAUGAUGUCAUCGAACAGCAGAUAGACAUUGUGAGUGUGGAUGAGGAGCAAGAGGUGAUGGGACAUCUGAAGGUGUCCUUGGAGGCUGCAAAAGCUCUGACGGGAAUUUAUCAGGAGUUCCAGAACCAAGAUGACAGCAGGGUAGAAGAUAAGACUGAAGAAGACAAAGAGGAGGAGGAAGAAGAAGAAGAAAAGAAGAAUAAAGAUGAGAUACAAGUGCUGGAUUAUGAGGAUGAAAGUGUUUUUUACUAAGUGGAGCAACAACUCAUAACUCAUGUCGUUAAUUUUUCUUAUGCUAAAUAGUUCAUUGUCACCAUCAAGUAAAAUAAAACAAGAAGAAAAAUACAGUCAUAGCAUAACUUAAAGCUUAACUUAACUUAAAAAUGACUUUUCAGUUCAAUUAUUUGUUCAAAUGGAUAUUUAGAUUGUUAUUAAUGUGUGCUAUCAUUAAUUUC